CUCCUCCCCCUCUCACUGACAAGUGCAGCCGGUGCAGGAACCACGCGUCUCUCGCGCUGUUUCCUGGGGAAGUCUUUUCCAGCUGACACCGCGCUCUAUUUAAACCGGAGGUUUGUUAAGGGGAAGACUUUGCCGGUUACACCGCCUCACAGAUGGAACGUGGCCGCGGGAGAUACCGGAGAGGUGGCGGCGGGGGACGGAGGCCACACCGAAGCCGCGGCUCGGGCGGUGACAGGGAGUUUGUGCACAGAGGGCACAGGGGAGGAGCCAGGGACCGGACGGGCCCCCGGGAGAACGAAGAGCAGGCUGUUGAUGUUGUGGAUCCAGGUGAAGAGAAGGAAGAUCAAUCAUCAGGGUUCUCUAGGAGGAAAAUCCUUUCUAACUGGGAUCGAUAUAAAGCCGCAGAGAAAGAGAAGGAGAAUGAAGUUCUGCAGCGCGGGACAGAUUACAGUGUCCUCCUCAGUUCUGCAGGGGAUGCCUUUACCCAGUUCAGGUUUGCUGAUGAAAGAGAGUGGGCUGCUGAGAAGCUAAGCACUACACAGGAUUCCUCUGUUUAUUUGGAUUCUCAGUCUCUGGUGAAGGCCCUACAGGAGCUUCCUCUCCAUCUCCGACUGAAUAUUGAAGCUGAUCUCGUUCAGGAAGAGCUGCCUCAGGAGCUUCCUCCAUUCAUGUUGAAGGGUAAUCCAAACAUGGCCCCAACUUUCACUGCCCAGAUAAUAACCGGAUCUACAGUGGCAUCUGAUCAAGCGGCAGCUUCUUUACCAGAACCCCAAACACCACAGAACCCCUCUCUGCCAGCCCUGGAUGAGGAGCUGGAUUUCCUGCUUAGCCUGGACGCUCCCAUCAGAGAAGAAAGGGCAGCAUCUCCUGGUGUGACUAAACAGCAUGACGAGCAGGUGACAUGUGAGGAACAUGCUAUCUCUCCUAUGACAGAUCAUGCCGGCUCAGAUGCUCUGGAGGCACACAAAGCGGUGACGUCUGAAGAUCUGGAGGACUGGCUGGACAGUAUGAUCGGAUGAUGACGUGAGCAGUGUUGUCUGCAAUGAAUGUUUUAUUCCUUUCAUGUUGCUAUUGGUUGACUUUGAUCAACACUGAAUGUUUAAGUAAAGUCAACAAUUAUUCUGCGUAAUACAAAACCAUGUAACGUACGUCAUAAUCUGAUAAACACACAUUAGAGCAAAACAAAAAGA